UCAGCCGCCAUUUUCCCCCCGAACAUUAUCUAGCAGCAGAAAAACAGCAGUAGCACCACCACCUCCACGGUCGCUGCGGCUACCUUCUGUCGUACGCGGUGGAGGGUCGGGUACGAAGGCAAAAGGGGGGGGCGAAGGCGGAGAGGAGGAAACGCCGCAGAGACUGUUGCACAUUGUGCCCCACUUUGAAGAGCGGGAGACCCUCCUUUGCAGUAGGAGGAGGAGGCACCGCAACAGCCGCCGCCGCUGGGGGGAGAAAGCCAGGAGCACCUUUUUUUUCUCCCCCCCCAAUCGCUGCCGCCGCCUCUCUCCUCUUGGGUGCGUGGGGUGGGGGCGGUUGCAAAAGAAGGCAACCUCGCCCCCCCCCCGAGUCCCUUCCUUCCCCAGCCCUUUUCCUGCCCGCCCGCCCUCCUUGCCCGCAGAAGAGCAGGGAGCAGGCGGGCAGGGAAAGGGGGAGCUGGGGCUGGAAGGAAGGGGGAGAAAGAGGAGCGCCCGAGAGAGAACAGCAACAGCGAGAAGACGUUUUGUGGUGGCGGGAGCGAAGGAAGAAGACUGCGUUCGCCUUGUUUGCAAACUGCGCCCUUUUUAUUAUUACUACAUACAUAUAUAUUUUUUUGCGUCGGGCCGGAUCCGCCCGGACUCUGCUCUCAGCUCCGUCACGUGGCUUCCCUUUGGCGAGGCAGAAGAACACAGCAGAGCUGGCCUCUGCAACGGGAGAGGCUGGAGUUCCCAACUCUAUGUGCUGAAUGGCUACUAUGGCGCCCGCUCUCACUGACGCAGCAACUGAAGCUCACCAUAUCCGGUUCAAACUGGCUCCCCCAUCCUCCUCCCUGUCUCCUGGCAGUACCGAGAAAAACAGCAACACUAACAACAUCCUUGUUGCCAGUAACGUCACCAAAAGGAAAGCUGAGGAUUCCAGUCUAGCUUUCCGAAAUAAUUCUGCAAAAGAAGAGCUGGGAAAGCUGCAGCCAUUGGUAGCAUCUUAUCUCUGUUCAGAUGUAACAUCUGUUCCUCCAAAGGAGUCCUUGAAACUGCAAGGGGUCUUCAAUAAGCAGACGGUCCUUAAAUCUCAUUCUCUGUUGACUCAUCCUUUCUUGAAAACUAGUGAUCUGUUGGGAAGGCCACCAGUGUUGGAGAUUUCCUUGGAAAAUCUAAAAACCAUGAGUACAAGCAAUCAGACACCAUUGCCACAAACACCUGUCAAUGGUUUGGCUAAAAAAUUAGCUAAAACUAAUAGUUCUGACCAUGAAGGUUCUGUUUCACUUAAUGGUGGGAAGAGUGCACCUUCUGCGACCCUCCAGGAAGUUGAUUCAAAUAGACCUGGGGGUUCUGAUUUGGAGGACCUGAAAUCUGGUUUGAGCAAUUGCACUCUACCACAUAAAAGCCCAGAUGCAGAGCAUGCUGCCCCACUUAGCAAUAAUGGCAUGGCAAAUAAACAUGACCACAGUUCCCUAGAGCAGCAAUGUGAACUCGAAGGGGGUGGGGAGAACCAGUUGCUUUUGUUAUCUGGAAUAUCUGUUUCUUCUGAGCUUGGAAGCAGUAAGCCAGAGGAACAGAAGAUCUCUCCACCAAACAGUUCCUUUACCACUCUAGAUUCAAAUAUGAGGACAAAGGUACUAAUGCGGAGGCAGGCAGACAUUGAGAAUCGUGCUCGCAGGCUGCAAAAGCGGCUGCAAGUGGUACAGGCCAAGCAGGUAGAGCGGCACAUUCAGCAACAGCUUGGUGGAUUUUUACAGAAAACGCUAAGCAAAUUGCCUCCUUUGGACUCCUUGAGACACCGAAGUCAGCUAAUGCUGACCCGCAAGACAGAAGCAACUCUAAGAAAAGUUGUAAAUGAGGCAAGUACCUCGGAAGGACUGAGCAACUUCCUAAAAAGUGACUCUAUCUCAGAAGAACUAGAAAGAUUUACUGCCAGUGGAACGGCUAACCUGCGCUCUUGUGAGCAAGCAUUUGAUUCUGAUGCCACAGACAGCAGCUCAGGUGGAGAAUCUGAUAUUGAAGAAGAGGAACUGGCCAAAGCAGACACAGAACAAUACCAUGUACCCCUGAGGCGACGGUCAGAAUGGCAGUGGGCAGCAGACAGAGCUGAUAUUGUCAGUCGCUGGAACUGGCUUCAAGCUCAUGUCUCAGAUUUAGAGUACCGAAUCCGUCAGCAAACAGAUAUAUGCAAACAAAUUCGAGCCCGCAAGGGACUGGUACUGCUUGGUGAGGUGCCUCCUUCUGACCCUGUAUUAAGUGAUUCAACCCAUAGUCUUAGCAUUGACCGCAAGAUGGAACCUGGAAUUGACAGGAUGUCAUCGGAGAACCUUGGUAAAUCCAUUAGUAAUACCCAAGAAUCUCUAACUGCCAAAACCUGUGGAGUGCCGAGACCAGUUAAUGGAGUCAUUAACACUCUGCAGCCAGGUUUGACAGAGCAUACUCAGGGAGAUGGCUCAGAUGCUGAGGAGCUGUUGCGGAAAAAGCAGAGAUUAAAUAUGAUGUCUUCAAUCCCUGAUGGAACCUGUGUGGCAGCCCGUACACGCCCUCUUCUCGGCUGCAAGAAACGGAGGCUUAUUCGACCCAGCAAUCUGAUUCCACUCUCCAAAAAGGUUUAUCGUAAACCACAGCGGUGUGGUUGUGAUGUGAACCCUUUGUGUGUUCUCUGUGGCUCUCGAAGCUCAAUGCCUUCAGAAAUCCAGUAUGAAGCCCCUUUGAUGGAGCGUCUCUCACAGUUGGAUUCCUGCAUCCACCCUGUACUUUCAUUCUCAGAUGAUGUACAAAUAGGCUUACACCUUCAGGGCAUGUUGAAAUCCCACUUGCAGUACAAACCCUGUGAGAAAACCAAGCCUCCCAAAAAGCUCGUGUUGAAGCACCGAUCCACCAUGCCUUCUAGCAGUCUGUCUGACUCAAUGCGCAAAGACCGUCACAAGCUGGUUAAUACCUUUUCAGCAACCGCCACUUGCUCACAUCACAAAGUUGAGCCAGACAAGGCAUACAGGCAACCCUUAAACGAUGUGAGGGCUGCUCCCAAGGCCGAGAGAGCGCCAGAGCGCUCACUUAUCCUGACGGCAGUUCAUGAGAGAAAGCGAUUGCGGGACAGCUCCUCCGAGAGAAGUGAAGUGUUGAAGCAUCAUGCAGAGUUUGGAGGGCCAAGUUACUUGUCGAGUGCUAUGGCCUCCACGGCUCACAGUUCCUUCAUGAGGCAACUCUCUACUUCCUCUGAAAAUCCUAUCCCUCCUGUCACCACAAGUUCCUUGGGAAGCUCCAGUGCAACUCAGCAGCAGCCAAGGAGGAGAAGAGGGGAAAGCUCUUUUGACAUUAACAACAUUGUCAUACCAAUGUCUGUUGCUGCCACAACCAGGGUAGAAAAACUUCAGUACAAAGAAAUUCUUACACCAAGUUGGCGUGUUGUGGAUGUUGGUGCUCUGAAAAUGAAUCCAGAUGAAGACAGUGAAGAGAUAGAGGAUAUGUCUGAUGCAACCUUUGCCACUCUCCAUGCUAAAUGUGAGGAAAUGGAGCGAGCUAGGUGGCUGUGGAGCACAAGUUUGCCACCACAACGACGAGGUAGCAGGUCAUACAGGUCUACAGAUGGACGGACAACCCCACAGUUGGGGAACCCAUCUACUCCACAGCCAGCCUCACCUGAUGUUGGAAACUGCUGUCUACAUUCUGAUUUCUCCCAUCUACACUCUCCACGCAGCCCCAUCAGUCCUGAUCUGUUGUCUGGUCCUCAUACUCCUUUGUCUCGAGACUCCACGCGACAUCUGCCAACAGAGGACACACGUUGUUCCACACCUGACUCAGGCCUUGAUGAGCUGACUGUACAGCCCUGGGAACGGCGCACUUUCCCACUGACCUACAAUCCCAAGAUGGAGUGUGAGGAACAGACAGAGCCACAGGAUCGGUCAUCGCGUUGCACGAGGCGCACAUCAGGCAGCAAGCCCUCCCGAGAACCAGACACUGCCUCCCUCUCACCUUCCCUUGCUUGCUUCAAGAGCUGGAAUUCGGGGGCUACCACCACAGUUCAGCGGCCAGCCCACAGAUAAGAGAGGGACAGGAAAAGGGAGCAAGAAGAAAAAAAAAUCCACCAAAUUAACUCUUGGCAUUAAAAGUUUCUGAAAUCUGUGUUUGAUAUUCAAACAUCCUGCCGGGAAUUUUCACAGUUUUUAGUGAAUUUAAGGAGUUUAGAAACUGUUUUCUUUCUUUCCCUCCUUCUCCCCCACCUUCUUUCCACAUUUCUUUGUCUCACAUACACAUUAUCCAGUGCUGUGGUCUGAUGAGGAGGGCAAACCUGCCACUCCCUCCAUGAGGUGUAGAUGUACACUCCUCAGAAAGGAGAACGAAGCUGGUUGGUUGACCCUGGAAUUAGUUCUCUGGUGAACAGAUACUUUCCAUUUGUUUUCCUUUUCUUUUACUGUUUAGUGUCUGUUUUCACCUGCCAGCAUCACGAUGCCCUCCCUCACCCUUAAAAGUUUAGUGAAGUGAAAUUAGUGGUAACAAGUGAUGUUUCCUGAAAGAGACCUCCCCUUCCCUCCCUCCCACCGGCCACUGGCACAAGAAAGCACUUGCAAUGCAAACUCAAGAUCACUUGGUUCCUUAAGGGAUAGCUACCCAUUGUACCAACUGCGAACAAGAAGCUCUUCUCAAGCCACCUUCCAUAUGUUCUGGUGGUUUCUGCUGCUUCUGAGACCGUCUCUCCAUAUUAAACAAGUUCAGUUGUGUGAGAAAAAGCAAUUUUCCAUAAUCAGCCUGGAUAUGUUUUGGAUAUUUUAGUCAGAUCGUGUUUUGUUUUUUAAUGGCAGAUUAUUAGUGGGGAGAAGGCUGACAGCCAUUCAAGAGGAACAUUUUUUCCAAGCUUUUUUUUUUUUUUUCUGGAUGUGAUCUAGGAUUACUUUCUUCCCUAUCCCUGUUAAUUACUAACACUUCUGUGUUUUCUUUUAAUUUUGCAUUCUGUCCAUUAGUUUGAAUGCUGUAGGUUAUACAUCUGCAGCUAAUAGAUUGCAAUACAGUAGUGUUGAGCCUUAAGUACUGGGAGCGAUGUCACAGGAUUCAACAAUUUGCCACCCCAGAUCCACAAGCCAUAUAGUGAGUGUGGUAUAAUUUCAUUGUUCCCUUUUCUUUUAUCCUCUAUUUAAAAAAGUAGUCUAUGCAUUGUUUGAGAUUGCAUUUAAAUUUAAACAUGUCUUGAGUACCAAAAUAUUUGUUUUUUUCCAGAGAAAGAGUGGAUGUUGUUUUUCACCUCUACCUCUUACUUAACUCAACUGCAACUUACAAGUUUUGAGGCAGAAAUGAAUCUCAGUCAUGUGUCUCUCCUCCCCCCCCCCCCCCCCAAUGGCUUGGGCUGAGUUUUUGCCAAGCUGAACAGAUCUGAUUUUUUUUUUAAAUUUAAAGAGCACUUUUGAGAGAAAAGUGAAUGUCAGUUAUGUCCCCCGUUCCUCCAAAAAGAGCUUGGGUUGACUUUUGCCAUGAUGAACAGAUCUGAUUUUUUUUUUUAAAGUUAAAGAGCAGUUUUGAGAGAAAACUGAAUUUCAAGUUUUCUUUUUUUCCUUUGGACUAGCUUGGAUGGACUUUUGCCAAGCUGAACAGACCUGAUUUUUUUUUUAAGUUAAAGUUUUGAGUUUUUUAAGUUUUGAGAGGGAACUGAAUUUCAAGUUUUCUUUUCUUUUUUUCCUCUGGACUGGCUUGGACUGACUUUUGCCAAGCUGAACAGAUCUGGGUUGUUGUUUUUUUAAUUUAAAGAGCAGUUUUGAGAGAGAAAUAAAUCUCAAGUCUUUCCCCCCACCCCUAAAAACGGCUUG